GUUACCAAACGCCGCCUGCGGACGGACUCUCCCAUUUCUCAGAUCACAUCUCUCUAUCCACACUAUCAGCAAAACCCCACUUUGAUCCUCCUCUCUGUCAUCGAUCCAUCGAUCUUCCCUGUUUCUUUCAAUCAUGGAGUUCUAUCAUACAUAAACCAACCAUAUAUAUAUACACAAACAUAGAGAGAGAAAGUGAAGAGAAGAUAUAACUGAUCAUAAUCAUCAAUGGCAGGUCCAUCGAUCAUGGACUCACUAUUCCAACGAACCCUAGAAGACCUAAUCAAAGGCACCCGUCUCCAACUCGUCAGCGAAUCAACCUUCAUCUCCAAAGCGAUGGAAGAGAUUCGCCGCGAGAUCAAAUCUACAGAUCUCCAAACCAAAUCCAUCGCUCUCCAAAAACUCAACUACCUCCGCUCCCUCCACGGCGUCGACACCUCCUUCGCCGCCUUCCACGCCGUCGAAGUCACCUCCUCUCCUCGCUUCCACCACAAGCAGAUCGGAUACCUCGCUGCCUCUCAAUCCUUCAAUUCCUCCACCGAUGUCCUCCUCCUCCUCACCAAUCAGCUUCGCAAAGACCUCAAUUCCAUCAACGAGUUCGAGGUAAGUCUCGCUCUCGAAUGCCUCUCCAUUAUCUGCACAAUCGAUCUUGCUCGUGACCUAACUCCUGAAAUCUUCACAUUGUUGUCGAGUUCUAAACUCUCUAUUCGUAAAAAAGCAAUUUCCACGAUUUUGAAGGUUUUUCGUGAGUAUCCUGAUGCUGUUAGGGUUUGUUUCAAGCGAUUGGUUGAGAAUCUAGAUAGUUCUGAUUCGCAAACUGUGUCUUCUGUUGUUAGUGUGUUUUGUGAGCUCGCUUCGAGAGAACCUAAAUCGUAUCUCCCUUUAGCACCUGAGUUUUAUAGGAUUUUGGUUGAUUCGAGGAAUAAUUGGGUUUUAAUUAAGGUUUUAAAGAUUUUUGCUUUGUUAGCCCCUUUGGAACCGAGGUUGGCGAAGAGGAUUGUUGAUCCGAUUUGCGAGCAUAUGAGGAGAACCGGGGCGAAAUCGUUGAUGUUUGAGUGUAUUCGGACUAUAGUGACUAGUUUGACUGAUCAUGAAUCUGCAGUGAGGCUCGCGGUUGAGAAAGUUCGGGAGUUUUUGGUUGAGGAUGAUCCGAAUCUCAAGUAUCUUGGAUUGCAAGCUCUUUCGAUUGUUGCGCCUAAGCAUUUGUGGGCGGUGGUGGAGAACAAGGAGGUUGUGAUUAAGUCUUUGAGUGAUGCUGAUCCUAAUAUUAAGCUUGAAGCUUUGUGUCUUGUGAUGGUGAUGGUGUCGGAGGAUAACGUGGCUGAAAUUUCUAGGGUUUUGGUUAAUUAUGCACUGAAAUCUGAUCCGGAGUUUUGCAAUGAGAUUCUUGGGUCAAUACUAUCAACUUCUUGUAGAAAUGUUUAUGAGAUAAUCAUUGAUUUUGAUUGGUAUGUAUCGUUUCUUGGGGAGAUAUCAAGGAUGCCCCAUUGCCAAAAGGGGGAAGAAAUCGAGAGGCAGUUAAUUGAUAUUGGUAUGAGAGUGAAGGAUGUAAGACCAGAGCUUGUUCGUGUUGGUCGUGAUCUACUGAUUGAUCCUGCAUUGCUUGGAAAUCCCUUUUUACACAGGAUAUUAUCUGCAGCUGCUUGGGUGUCAGGGGAGUAUGUUAUGUAUUCAAAGAACACAAUUGAGCUUAUGGAAGCACUGUUACAACCACGGACUAGUCUCUUGCCACCAUCGAUAAGAGCUGUAUAUAUUCAGUCUUCAUUUAAAGUAUUAAUUUUCUGUCUGCAUUCUUAUCUCUUCCAAAACGAAGCUGUUGCCUCUUCGGCUUCAUAUGCUAAUGAUUUGGCACCAGGUGUGGUGGAUUCAAUCUAUGAAAGGGAAUGUUCAGAAGUUGACAAUUUAGCAACAUCUGAAGCUCUUGCUGGUUCCGAAAAGAAUGAAGAUUUCAAUCCAAGGGUUUUACGUCAAUCAGCUGAAGAUCUUUCUGUGGGAAAUUAUGGAGAUACAAUUGUUGCUCCUGGACCAAGCUCUUCGUCAGCUUUUUUAAAGGAAGAACACCUUACACAUGGAUAUAUUGUAAGCUUGUUAGAUGUUGUUAAAACUGCUCUGGGUCCAGUAGCAGGAAGCCAUGAGGUGGAAGUACAAGAGAGGGUACAUAAUGUACUUGGUUUAAUCGAGUUGGUAGAGCAAGAAAUUUGUGAUUCUUUAAUCCAGAAGGAUGGGAAUUUGGUGGUUGGUGAAAAAAAAGCUUCUGAAGUUAUCAAACUGAUGCAUGAUGCCUUUUCUGAGGAAAUUGGUCCGGUUUCAAUGAGUGCUCAAGAAAGGGUACCUAUACCAGAUGGACUGAUGCUUGAGCAGAAUCUCAUUGCCUUGGAAACUAUUUGUGGUGAUAUACAAAUACCUACAUCAAAUUCCUUUUCCCUUGGGAAACCUGAAUUUGAGGAUAGGGAUGGUGCUGCUCUCUUUGACAGCCAGGAUAAAGAAGAAUCGGGACCAUCAUCUGAGUCGACAUCUUUGCUUGCUGAGCACCGCAAGCUGCAUGGCUUGUAUUAUCUUCCUUCAGAGAUAAAGGAAACUACAUCCAAUGAGUACCCACCUGCUAAUGAACCUAAAUUGACGAAUGAUGUCAGAGAUGAUGUGGAUGUUCUUGUUAAGCUUACAGAGCAGUCAUUUGUCCCAAAGAAGAAGCCAAACCAAUCAAAGUCUAGGCCUGUUGUUGUAAGAUUGGAUGAAGGAAAUGAAGUACGUAUUGCGGACAAGAAGCCUGAGCCAAAAGAUGAUUUGAUCUCUGGCGCUGUGCAAGAUGUUCUUUCAGGUAUUGAAGCCGUGCCCAGUUCAUCACGAGGCAAGCUCUCUGAUAAGUCAUCAAGCAAGAAAAGAGGGAAGGAGAAGAUAACUACUAUUGAACCUGAAAAUUUGGCUGAUGCGGGAAAUUCUGAGGUAGGAAAUUCUAAUUCUAGGAGAAGCAAACAUCAUUCUCAUAGUAAAGAGAGAAAACAUAAAAGUACAGGGAAGAAUGUUGAGGAAAGUGAAGAAAAAGGUCACAAAGAAAAGCAGAAAAGCAGUCACCGCCAUGGUAAGAACAAAGCCCGACAAAGGGCAGAUGGGGGUGUGAAUGUGGUUGCCCAGACGCCAGUUAUCCCAGAUUUUCUACUAUAGCAUUACAUGACUGGGAAUCCAAUUUUUUUAACAUCUGGGAAAACUUGAAUGACUUUGCUCCUGUAUAAUUCUACUUUGCACACCGCGGUUAGUUUUUGUAUUUCUUUCUUUAUACAUUUUUUUAAAUUUUUUUUUUUGGACAGGAUUGGUGAUUUUUGUAAAUUUUUGUUUUUUCAUGUUACACAUUUUGAAACUCAUCCAAGAAAUGAUUUUUUCUCAAUUUGUGAAUGCCACAUUUCCUGUGCUUGUAAGGUGAAAGUA